GCUCGUUCAACGGGCUCUUUCAGAGCCAGCCGCUAAUUCGCUGAAUAAAAAAAAAAAAAAAAGAAAAAAAAAAGAGAAAAAGCUCGCGUGGCAUUAAGCUUCGCUGCUUAAUUGGGUUAAUGAGGCGAUGGACUCGCUUCGUGAAAUGAUACCUGCCCGUUAUUCCUGGUGAAGAGUGUGAGAUGAAGAAGAGUGAGAGAAAAAGACAGACGAAAGAAAAGAAAAAAGUGUGUGUGUUUGUGUGUGUGUGAGAGAGAGAGAGAGAAAGAGAAACAACAACUCCAUUACAGUAGACGGAUUUUGGGAGAAAAUUCGAUACGGGGUGGACAAGGCGUACGAUGCUUAGGGAUGCUUGGACGAACGACGGUGGGAAAGGCUGGUGGCGAUGUUGGUCCAGGUUGGGCGGAUUGCUGGCGAUGGCGACAGCCAUUUCCUGUCUCGUUGUCUCGUUUCCGGGCGCCUCGGCCAAUCCGGAAGCGAAGCGUCUUUACGAUGACCUGCUGUCGAACUACAACCGCCUCAUCCGCCCCGUUGGCAACAACAGCGAUCGCCUCACUGUCAAAAUGGGACUACGCCUCUCCCAGCUCAUCGACGUUAACUUGAAGAAUCAGAUCAUGACGACAAACGUUUGGGUGGAACAAGAGUGGAACGAUUACAAGCUGAAGUGGAAUCCGGAUGACUAUGGCGGCGUCGAGACUCUUCAUGUACCAUCGGAACAUAUAUGGCUGCCUGACAUUGUACUUUACAAUAAUGCCGAUGGAAAUUAUGAGGUAACCAUUAUGACCAAGGCGAUCUUGCACCAUACGGGAAAGGUCAUAUGGAAGCCACCGGCGAUCUAUAAAUCAUUUUGCGAGAUCAACGUGGAGUAUUUCCCCUUCGACGAGCAGACCUGCUUCAUGAAGUUUGGCUCGUGGACUUACGACGGAUAUACGGUCGAUCUGCGGCAUCUCGCUCAAACCGAAGAUUCGAAUCAAAUCGAUGUGGGUAUUGAUCUGACAGAUUAUUACAUCUCCGUCGAGUGGGACAUAAUAAAAGUGCCUGCCGUGAGGAACGAAGCGUUCUACAUUUGCUGCGAGGAACCGUAUCCCGACAUAGUGUUCAAUAUCACCCUACGCCGCAAGACCCUCUUCUACACGGUAAACCUGAUAAUACCGUGCGUGGGCAUAUCCUUCCUCUCGGUGUUGGUGUUCUACCUGCCGAGUGACAGCGGCGAAAAGGUUUCCCUGUCGAUCUCGAUACUCCUCUCGUUGACGGUGUUUUUCCUCCUGCUCGCUGAGAUAAUACCGCCCACGUCGUUGACAGUGCCGUUGCUUGGCAAGUAUUUGUUGUUUACGAUGGUGCUCGUUACACUUUCGGUCGUAGUGACGAUCGCAGUGUUGAAUGUGAACUUUCGGUCACCGGUUACCCACCGUAUGGCGAAGUGGGUACGGAUCGUGUUCAUUCAGGUGCUCCCGCGAUUCCUCCUCAUCAAAAGACCAAAUAAGGACGAGGACGAUGAAGAUGAGGAAAGUAUCGACGGGCUCGUCGGUGGUGCUAACGGUGCUGGUACUGGUGUUGGUGAUAAUGGUGGUAGAAACGGUGGUGGCGCCGGUAGCUCCCAUCAUCAUCGACUUCAUCGUAUUCAUAACGGGCACGAGCUCGACGACGAGCUCGACGACGUCGUCGACGAGGAUGACGUCGAGGCACCGAACGGGAAACCGCCCGAGGCUAUCCUCACCGAUGUGUUCCAUGUACAAGAGACUGAUAAGUACGAGCCGUAUGGCAGUAAGAGGUUCAGCGGCGAAUACGAGGUACCUGGACCACACGGUCCGCUGGCACACCUCAUCGUCGGUCAUCAUCAUCACCACGGCGGUGUUGCUGGCGGUCCUGGCCUUCCACCACCAAGCUCCUUACCGACCACUGGUCCACCUCCGCCGCCGCCACUCAGCAAGCCACCGAGCUUUCAUCAUGAGCAUGGUCCACCUCUUGGUACCGUUGCCCCUUAUUUCGAGGAACCACUGCCCUCCUUGCCUCUGCCCGGUGCUGACGACGAUCUCUUUGGACCGGCUAGUCCCGGUUAUGCACACGAGGACAUCAGUCCCACCUUCGAGAAGCCAUUGGUGCGCGAAAUCGAGAAAACCAUCGACGACGCCCGAUUCAUCGCACAGCAUGCCAAGAACAAGGACAAGUUUGAAAGCGUCGAAGAGGAUUGGAAGUACGUCGCGAUGGUGCUUGAUCGAAUCUUUCUAUGGAUCUUCACGCUCGCUUGCGUGCUCGGAACGGCGCUGAUAAUCCUCCAGGCUCCGAGUCUUUACGACACGACGAAGCCGAUCGACAUAAAGUACAGCAAGAUCGCGAAGAAGAAGAUGAUGUUGAUGAAUAUGGGCCCGGAGGAGGAAUAGUUGACGAUAAAGCGCGGUCAAUGGCCACCGUGUCAUUGGCGCGAUCGUCGACGUCAUCGCCGUCAUUAUAAUCAUCGUCAUCGUCAUUGUCAUCAUUGGAUUUGCUGGUGCCGUCUUCGUCGUCGGUAUCGUCAUCAUCGUCAUCGUCGGCGUCGCCGACGUCGACGACGACAUUGUUCUUCGUCGUCGUCGUCGUCGUCCUCGUCGUCCUCGCUGUCGUCAUCCAUCGAAACUGCCGAUUUUCGCGUCAGUGCGGAGAAGGACGCGACUCUUCUCUCUCGUCCACCGCUCCGCUUUUCUUCCAUCGCUACCCCGUCGUUUCCUUUCCGGUCUCGUCCCGGAAUGAGACUAGAUAAAGUGAUGAGAUAAAGUGAUUGUAUGUAAGAGAGAUAGAUAAAUAGAAAGAGAGAGAAAGGGAGGGAGUGAAAGAGAAAGAGAACAUGUCUAUGCAUGUAUGUUUGAGAAAAAGAAUGAGUCUGAACGAAGAACGACGAUGUCGCUUGUCUCCCCUCGUUUCCUUCCCCAUCUUCGUUUUUUUCUGUUUCGGAAGGGUACUUUCGAGUGGGAAAGAGAGCGACUGAAGUGCGAGUAAAAUAGAGCGUAUGAUAGAGAGAAAGAGAGAAAAUAUGAGAGAACGAUUGAUAGGGGCGUGAAUGAGUAGUGGGUACGAAGCGAAUGUUACUUUGUGAUGUCGUGGGUGGGCUUGACGGGAAGAGACGGAGGGGAGGAGCGAGAGAAGGAGAAAAAGUGCCAAAUACGCGAAAAACACGCGCACCGUAUUUUUGUAAAUCUGGUUUCAUACGUAAGGCUAGAGUCGUGCGGCGAGACGUCGAACUGCCCGAACUGCCGAUUUUAUAUAAGAAGACGUUUACAGCGAGGGGGGCGCGUUCACGAAUACAUAUAACACACUUACAGAUACACACUUACAUAUGUACACGUAUACACAGGUAUACACAUCCACACGCACUUCCGACGUAUUUAUUAUUAUUAUUCUUACUAUCACUAUCGUCAUUAUUAUUAUCAUUAUUAUCAUCAUCAUCAUUACUAUCAUUAUCAUCAUUAUUAUUAUUACUAUUACUAU